UAUAUUUUCCCAACUUAGUAGUAUCAAUUUAGGGUUCAGGAAUCAUAUCCUGUCCUAAAUCCGACUAGAAGGUCGACAACGAGACCACUUGUCGGUCGGUUGUGUAGCAGUGGCUAAAUAUUGAGCCGGGUUUCUGGUGUUAUUCCUUUGUAAAUACUGUUAUUUGUAUAUACUGUAAAUGAUGACGUCCAUGGGCGGGAACCGAGCCCGGGGCAGCUGGGAGCAGACACAGGGGCAAACACAGAGCCAGACACAGCACAAGCAAAGGCCUCAGGCCACUGCAGAGCAGAUCCGACUUGCGCAGAUGAUUUCAGACCACAAUGAUGCAGACUUUGAAGAGAAGCUCAAACAGCUGAUUGACAUCACAGGCAAGGACCAGGAUGAGUCUAUGAUCGCGCUGCACGACUGCAAUGGGGAUGUCAACAGAGCCAUUAACGUGUUGCUGGAGGGUAGCCCAGACACUGAUUCUUGGGAAAUGGUGGGGAAGAAGAAAGGGGUUUCAGGCCAGAAGGAGACCAGCCAGGCAGAGACCGGGGAGGAAGGAAAAGAGAACAGGGAGAAAGGAGGAGAGAAAGAUGUAGCACGUCGCCGAGGCGGUGCUCCACGCAAGGGCCGUGGAGCCAGCAGGGGCCGAGAGUUUCGUGGUCAGGAGAAUGGCUUGGAUGGAGGCAAGGCUGGGGUAGCUGGAAGAGGUGCCGAGCGUGGCCGAAGGGGAAGAGGCAGAGGAAGAGGGACUGUCGGAGUAUCUGGACGGCGAGGAGGCAGAUUUUCGGCGCAGGGCAUGGGCCAGAUUGAUAAGGGGCCCAGAUAUGAUAUUGCAGGAGGUGAGAGAACGUUCAACCCUGCUGACUAUGCAGAGCCGGCCCAGACAGAAGAAAACUAUGGGGGGGGCAGCACCUGGAACAACACGGGGAGCAUGGAGAUGGAGGAGGGAGCUAGGUUGGAAUACUCUGCUGGAGAGGGCACGAAUUACCCGCCCAAGUUUGACUCUGCUCCUGGUGCCUGGAGGACUGCCACAGAGGAGUGGGGCACCGAGGACUGGAAUGAGGAUCUGUCAGAGACCAAGAUAUUCACAGCUUCCAGUGUGGCGUCCAUGCCUCUGCCUCAAGAGAAUGUUACCAUCACUAAAGGACAGAGGAUUGACCUUGCGGUGCUCCUGGGGAAGACUCCCCCAUCCUCCUCCUCAGAGACGGAAAAUCCCCCCAUGGAGGCAUCCCAGCCCCCAUCCUUGCCCCAGUCACUGGUUUUCAGCAACUCCAAGCAAGGGGUGCCACACUCCCAAACAUCCUCCAGCACCCCUUACACCCAGCACAGCAUGGUCAGCAUGCUGAACAAGGGUUUUGGGGAUGUGGGGGAGCCUAAAGGCGCCAGCACAGGGACCACUGGCUCUCAGUUCCUGGAGCAGUAUAAAACAGCCCAGGCACUGGCCCAGCUGGCAGCCCAGCACUCCCAGACUGGACCUCCCAACACAACCCCUUCAUCCUGGGACACUAGUGCCACCUCACUGGGACAAUACGAUAUGAAGACUCAGCCAGAGUCUGCGGUUCAUACACCCUUUACAAAGCGACAGCCUUACCAGGCCGCCACCUCAACUUCGUCCAUGUUGGAUGUUUUCCUGCAGGACAAAGGCCUGCCUCCUUCCUCCUCGUCUUCUUCCUUACCCCAACAAACAACAUCCUCACCCCAUGUGGCACCUCCACCUGCUUCCUCCCUUCCCAAAAUGGCAGCAGUUCCUUCUCUAGGUCAGCAAAUUUCUCCGAGUUCCUCAGAUGCCCAGAGUCCACUGCCUUUGCAGCAACACAAACUCAAACAGCAGAAGAAGAGGACCUCCAUUACAACAAAGAUUCCUGCAAUGGCGGUAGAGAUGCCUGGCUCCACAGACAUCUCUGGCCUCAAUCUUCAGUUUGGAGCUUUGCAGUUUGGGUCAGAACCAGUUCUGCAAGAGUAUGAGCCCACCCCCACCACCACAACACCAGCCAACCAGGUUCAGAACAGUCUCUACACUAGCGCCAGCAGUGAGUCGACCAGCCAGAUGGAUAUGUACGAUCAGAGAGCGUCUCAGACACGACGCUACCCUCCAUCAGUUUCCUCCUCCCCUCAGAAGGAUAUGCAGCCCAAGAAUGGCUUCAGUUCAAUGCAAGGAACACAACCUGUGGAAGCUGCAGCAGGCUCUGCAGUAUCCGUCAAACCGGCCUCUGAUUCAGUCACGCAGGCAUCGGUCUCCAGCAUGGGCACUUUGACUGACAGCCCCGCCUCCUUGUUGACUGCAUCCAGUCAGACAUCGCUUAGCGCCCUGGGGCACGGUGAAGACCUGCCUCCAAGCACCCUUCCCCCUCCUCAGCACAACAACUCUCACCCAUCACAACAGAACAGCCAUGCUCCAUCUUCAGUCCGGACAUCCAACACAAGCUUACUGCAUCCAAGCGUAGACGGUGACUCAAGCCUGCACUCCUCCUCCUUCCCUUCCUCCGUCUCAGCCGUACCGUCUUCGUCAGUCCCCUCCUCUUCCUCUGUGGCCGCUGCUGCCGCACAGGUGUCGCUAGGAGCCCCUCAGGCCUCCACUGUUGGCUCUGCCACGGUUUCAGCCCCCUCCGGCCUCGGCCCCGUCAGCAGUCUGGCCAUGGGCCUCAACACUGCCUCCAUGUGUGCCCCGGCUUCUGCAGCCGCCACCAUGUCAGUCUCCACAACGGCUUCCAUUCCUCCUUCAGCUACUUCCUCAUCCACACGUGGCUCGGCAGCAUCCUCAGGGAAAGCACCUCCAAACCUGCCACCUGGAGUGCCCCCUCUACUGCCCAACCCAUACAUCAUGGCCCCUGGACUACUGCACGCCUACCCUCCUCAGGUGUACGGCUAUGAUGACCUACAGAUGCUGCAGACAAGAAUACCGCUGGAUUAUUACAGCAUCCCUUUUGCAACUCCAACAACAGCACUGACUGGCAGAGAGGGCAGCCUGACAAACAACCCUUACUCUGGCGACUUGUCGAAGUUCGGGCGAGGUGAUGCAUCAUCCCCGGCUCCAGCCACCACCUUAGCUCAGACACAGCAGAAUCAGACCCAGACGCAUCACACAACACAGCAGCCCUUCAUCAACCCUGCGCUGCCGCCUGGCUACAGCUACACGAGCCUCCCAUACUACACUGGCAUGCCAGGCCUGCCCAAUACCUUCCAGUACGGACCUGCUGUGUUUCCGGUGGCUCCUACCUCGUCAAAGCAGCAUGGUGUGAAUGUCGGCGUCAAUGCAUCAGCCACGCCCUUCCAGCAGGCUAGUGGCUAUGGUUCCCAUGGAUACAGCACUGGCUAUGAGGAUGUGGGCCAGGCUUCAGGGAGUGGGGAUUUCUGUAAGGGCGGAUACGGCACUGCCGUGGCCGCUGCCGCUUCUGCACAAAACAAGCCAGCCAACUCUGUCACCGGGCCUGGAGUCGGAGUCUCUGUGACAUCAAGCAACACAGGGGUACCAGACAUUUCAGGGUCUGUUUACACAAAGACGCAGUCGUUUGAGAAGCAGGGUUUCCAUGCCGGCACGCCAGCAGCUUCGUUCAGCCUGCCCUCAGCUCUGGGGAGCGGGGGACCCAUCAACCCCCCGGCUGCCGCUGGCUAUGCUCCGGCCCCCUUCAUGCACAUCCUGGCGCCACACCAACAACCCCACUCUCAGAUUCUGCAUCACCACCUGCAGCAGGAUGGACAGAGCGGCACUGGACAGCGCAGCCAGAACGCCUCCAUUCAGCAGAAGUCUCAGAUCAACAAGUCGGCAUACAACAGCUACAACUGGGGUGCAAACUAACAACAUCUCCCCCCCUCCCCCCCACUGUUGACAGAAGCAAGAAGGGGGCUCAUCACUCCUUCUGCCAACUGUCUCCACAUAUAAACUCCCUCUUCCUCCUGCAGAGAUUCCCUCCCCAGUCUCUUGGCCCAGCACUCCCGCAGCUCUGACUGCGGUCAGAGGAGGUGCUGUGCUGAGAGAACGAGCACUGUAAUGAUGCAUGGAUGGGGAGGGAGGGAGGGAACAGGAGGGGCUUAGAAGAGAGUGGAGAUCGGAAGUAGAUGGUUAUAGAAAUACACCGCCAAGAGGUGAAAUAUUGCGUGUUGGGAAUUUGUAUCGUGUUAAUCCCCCCCUGACCCCCCCCCCCCCAUUUUUCUUUCACUUGUAUGUAACAUAGAACUGUUUUCUAAAAGAAUGAAUGUUUCCUGUAUGGUUGUCUUUUUUUUUUUUUUUUUUUUUCUCUUGCUGAUGGGGAGGAAUGAAGUUAAUAUCUGAAGGUGGGGGGACAGGCUGGUUUUGUAUUUCUCUCCCCCUGUCAAUUUUGGUGGAAACUCUUCCCUCCCACACAAAUACCCAAACACAAUAAUUAGCUUAAUUGCUGUUGUAUUUUUGUUUUGUUUUUCAUUUUUAUGUCAUUUUAAGUUUGAAAAAAACAAUUCUCAAAAAUUGGUAGAGUUGUGAAGUUUAUUUUUUACCAAAUAUAGAUAUAUUAUAUAUAAAGACAUAUAAGCAAGCUCUCACUGGCUUGGACUGUGAGGAAAGUGUGUUUGUCAUGUGACUGCGUGCAUGUUUGUACACACGGGGGGGCCACGGGUUGUGUACUGUGCUUUGUUUUCUGCCUAGCACAGGAUUUUUCAUUAUCCAACACUUGUACAGUAACUGUGUUCCCAUGAAUUAUAAGUAUGUCCCACCCCUUCUGCAAGAGAUUUUGAGUGAUUUCCAAGGCCAAUACACACCCAGUCUGCCUUCCAGUGUGUUUUUAUUUUGUUUCUGAGGCCCCCCACCUCCUCCCUGCUCCACCACCUGUCCCCCAUUAUAAGGAAACCUGAAACAUUGAAUACUGAUGGACAGAAUUGUACUAUGUUUUUUUUUUUUGUUUGUUUUUUUUGUCAGUGAUUUUUUUUUUUUCUUUUUGUACUGUGCGUUUUAAAAUUUAAAUGGAUAAACUUGUCUUGUACAUAUAUAAAAAAAACACAAGUACUGUAGUUCCUGUUUGUUCGAUGGCUUUCUCCUUUUUCUUCUCAAAUCCUUGCAGACUUGUUAGCUUUUUGUUUCAUAUAUUUUUUUUAUUUUGUAAAAAUAUAUAAAUAUUAAGUAAAUAAACAGGAAAAAGACAUUUUCAUCAUUUUGGAUGUGAAUGUCUUUUAAGAAACUA